AUGAUGAAGUAUAAUUCAAAAAAGCGUUCAUAUUGCUUUCACAAUUUAAAAGUCACUGAAUACCCCUUGAGCGAAGAUAAAAAGGAUCUAUUUCAUAAUUUCAUGUUAGAGAGUGAACAAUACGAUUAUAUAAAAAAGCGAAUGAAGUGUAGCGAUUUACAGGACGAAGGGAAGUAUAAUAAAAAUAUAUUUUGUAAAUUGAAAGACUUUUACAAAAAUAAUGAUAGUAAUAAUUUUUGUAAUAAAUCUUACUUAACCAAUGUGUGUAUAAAAAAAAAACAUGAUAUUUCAAAAGUGAUAGAAGAAAAAGUGAUAACAGAAGAAAAUAAAAUAAAAAAUAAUAUAUAUACAGGUAAAUUUUGCCCUUUGUUGAAAUGUUAUAUAACAGAUGAAGAUUUGAUGAGCGUAAAUAAAAAUAAAUUGCGUGAUAAAGAAAUAGAGAGCGGCAUGAUACAUGAAAAGAUCUAUUCAAAAUCUGAAAAUAACUCUAAGACAAAAUAUGGUGUUAAGAGGACAUAUAGUGAAUAUACUAAGAGGUAUUCAUGUGACACAAAAAAUUGUAAUGAACACACUGCGACUAAAAACUUAAAUAACAAAAAUGAAUAUGAAUGUUUGCAAGAAAAAACGUUGCAGACGAAAAGAAAGGAUAGUGAAUUAGAAAAAACAGUUAUUGGUAAUGUGAAUGUGACAACUGCUAGAAUUCAUUGUCACAAAUUUAGAAAUGAAGGUGGAAUUAGGUUAACUGAGGAAUGUAACGAAAUGAAAAGAAAUGAAAAUAAUAUAUAUAGUGAGAAUAGAGAAGUAAAAGAAAGCGUAAAAAAAAAUAAAAAAAAUGAGCAAUCAGUGAAGAAGCAAAACAAAAGAGAUGAAGUGCAUUAUAAACAGGAGGUCUACACAAUAAAUGAUAAUCUUAAAAAUAAGUCCAAAGAAAAUGAAUUGACACAUGUUUUUCUUGAAAAUGAUUUAAAUUGUAGUCCUAUCCUUUUAGACAAUAUAUACGAAGGAAAAAGUGCAGAAAAAAACAAAGAAAAAUUAAAUGAGGAAAUUAGGAAAUUCAGAGGCAAAGUAAAUAUUCAAAUUAGAUGCAACACCACUCCAGGGGAUGAAUAUAUGAUUAAUAAUGAUGUAUUAUAUCCGUAUUAUUCAAACAGUCUUAUGAUAGAGGAUGAAAGAAAUGAUGACAAAAUAAGUAUCCUCUCCAAAAGCCUAAGUAAUAAAAAUAAAUUAUAUGAAGAAAUGAGAGAAAAAUUAAUAAGUAGUAAUUCUACGAAAAUCAAUUUGAAUGAUAAACUAAAAGAAAGGAUAAUAAAUAAAUGUAGUGAAUAUUCCUCUAAUGAAAAGUUAAGCUUUUCACCUAUAAACAAAAAAGUUAUUUUAUAUGACAAAGAUAUGUUCUCGUUGAAUGGGGACAAAAAUAAUAGUAGUUGUAAUAGCAAAUGCACUAUAAAAUACAUAGAUCUGAUAAACAGUAAUGGUAGCAAUAUUAAAAAUAAUAUAAUAGAAAAAAAGAAAAAAAUAAAAAGUAUUCAUAACGAAAUUUUAAACCUCAUAAAAGAGGACAAGGAGGUAAACAAAGGUAAGAACAUAGAUGAAGAAAAUGGGGAUUUUUCUAAUGGAUAUCUAAUCUAUAACAGGGAUGGAGCAGACAAAGAAGUAGGAAAAGAAGCGGUCAAUCAAAUGGACGGAAUGCAUGAAAAUUAUAAUGAGGAAUGCAAGUCCCGAUACAUCAAACAAAUACACGGGUGUAAUAAUAAAAUUUAUGGUGAAGGAAAUGAUGUGAAUGAUCCCGUGGUAUAUAAUAAAAAUAAGCUUCAUUACAAAAUUGAUGACGUUGAAGGGAAAAAAAAGGAGAACAAUAUAACAACGAAUAACGGUUACCCUUUUGAAAACUUUUCAUCAAGCGUGAUGUUAGAACCUAGUAAAGAGGACGAACUGUUUAGAAAAUAUAUUGGACAGAAUAGAAAUAAUAAUAAAAUUGGUAUUAUGGAUAACGAGAAUGAUAAGAAGGUUGAAACGGAAGUAAUCGGGGAAAAAAAAGAAUACAUAAUAAAAAAUAAGGUACCCUUAAGAAAUAAUUUUUUAAAAAAUAUUAAAUUAAUAUAUGAAAAAGAAAAUAAAAUAUUAGAGAUAAAUAUAAAAUGCUUUGAGAAAUAUUCCUAUUUUAAAAUAAUUUUAAAUACGUAUAGUACAAAUAAUUUGAUAAAUAUGAAUGAACAUCAUGUAAACUUUGCGUUAUCGAAAGUUUUAUUUUCUAAUGAUAUAAUAAAUAGAAUCAAUAAAAUAAAUUUUAAAAAAAUUAUGAAAGCUCUAGAUUUUUAUGGUUAUCUAUACGACAAUAUUUUUUUAAAAAAUCUUUGUAAUAAAAUAACUAUAAAUAAAUGGCUAAGUAAUAAAAAGUUUUUUCAUACCAUAUUUACAAACUGUUUUUUAAAAAUCGGAAUAUUCUAUGAUUUAGUUUAUCAAUAUUUGUAUAUGGAUCCUAUUUUUAUAAACUUUUUAUUCUCAAAAAAUGGAGGAAGCUUUGUAAAAUCAUUUUUCUUAUAUAAUAAAAUAAAAGCAAUGAAAUUAAUGAAUAAGGUAAUAAUAGACUUAAAGAAUAUAAGUCCGUCUACUGAUUCGGUUGUGAAUUUUUUGUGCGGUUUCUUUUCACAUCCAAAAGAUCAAGAUCUGAGUGAAAAAGAUAUCAUCGAAAGACAGGAGCGAAGUGAAAGAAUCGGUAAAAAUAUAACACGAAAGUAUGUUACGAAAUCAGGAAUAGAAGCAAAUAGACACUUAAAAAAUAAUUGCAUGAACGCAAUGAGUUCUGAAUGUAGUCUUAACAAAACAUCCAUUGUAUUAGAAAGAAAAUUAAAAAAGAAUACGUGCUCUAAAAAAAAAAAAAAAAAAAAUUCGUAUGUCUACAUAAAAAACGAGAAAUAUAAAAAAUCGUUAUUAAGAAAUAUUUUAAACAAAAUAUGGUUAAACACAGAUUUAUACAUAAAAGAAAAGAUGUAUUAUGAUAAGAAUUUUACUGUAAAAAAAAAGAUGAACAAAAGUAAAGUGAAGAAUUCUAAAAAUGUUAAUAAUUAUCUAUAUGAUAUUCAUAACUCAACAAGUGAAACCAGCGCUUGUUCAUUCUUAACUGAUGAAGAAGGAUUGUAUUACAAUUUUAACAAAUCCGACGAAAUUAAUUUUAAAAUUAAUGAGAGAAUGAAUGAAACUUAUCAUCAGUGUGUGUACAAUCAACAGAUAGAUGAAAAUAAUGAAUAUAGCGCCCAAGAUUACUAUGUAAAUAGCCACGAAGAAAACACAGAAAUUCUGAUAAAUAAUACAGCAAAUAAUAAUGGCCCGAGAGUCAAAAACAUAGCAAAAACAUUUCACUCCUUGGAAUGUAUUCCAAACAUAUCCUUCGAUUUAUAUUAUCAGGAUUGCAACUACUCCCAAAGGAGUGAUUCCAUUCUAUCAUUAUGCUUUAAGGAAGAAGAUAUAUGUAACAAUGAUAAGUACAUAAAUGACAUUUCUUUUCUUGGUAUAAGAAUUAGUUCGAAGGAAAAUAAGAUAAACUACUUCAACUGUUUUGAUGUAAAUUUAAAAGUUAGUAUAAAAAAGCAUUUACUAAGUAACAUAAAUUAUAAUAUAUCAAAAGAUGAUGAGAACAUUUCAGCAUUUUUCCCCGUAUGGCCAUACAAUCCCGACUAUUUUGGGUAUAAAAUUGCAAAAAACAUUAAAAAAGAGUUUAAUGAGAUAAAAAGAAAUAUAUUACAAGAAGGUGAAGAAGAAAAAAAAAAUUCGUUAGAAAUCAUAAUUAAUAAAAUGAAUAAUAAUAAGAUGGAGAAAUAUGACGAAUCAACCCAUUUUGUAUUAAGAGAAAACCAAACAGAAAAUAAUUUUUUUGAUUUUAAUAAGUCUAGAAACAACAUUCAUUACAACGAAAAGAACAUUACAGUUAAGAAUGAUAAUGCUGAUUGGAAUAAAAAUCGAAAUAUAGAUGAACUAAAAUUAAAAGACUGUUAUUUUAUUUUAAGUGUAAAAAUAUAUCCUAUUCGCACUUUAGCAUUAUACACAUUAUAUAAUUCAUUAUAUAAAGAUAAUAACAUAAAAUUUGUUGAGUUCUAUUCUAAGAGUAUAAAUAAUGAGAUAAAGGAAUGGCUACUUCUAUUUUUGCUACCUAACUUUAUUAACAAGUGUAUUCAUAAAGUUACCUACCCAUUAAAACUAACUAAAAAUAUUUUCUCCGAAUCGAACGAAUUCUAUGAAGAUUUUUUUUCAAAUGAAUAUCUAAAAAUAAAUGAUAUUGAAAAAAUUAUAAUUUACACAAAAAAUAAUAGUGACGAAGAAAUAGAAAUAUGUCCUUUCUCUUUUUGUUAUAUAUGGUUAAAAUCAACUAAGUAUAAAAUUGAUAGAUGGAUUAGUUCUAAAAUUAAUGAAGUUCUUUUUACAUUUCCUUUUGCUAAUUUUUUGUUAAGUAAAUAUUUUUCUAGCUUCCUACUCUUUAUUCAAUUAUUUCAUACCUGUUUAGAUAUAGAUCAUAUGUAUUUAUGUAAAUCCCAUUUUUAUGUUUCCCUCAAGCACAACAUUUCCUUUCUUCACGAGUCACUAGUUAACGUUCUAUUUUCUACUGCCAUCCAACUAACGAAUGUCUGA